AUGGAGUCUCGCACCGGCCGCUCAAACCAACGCUACGGCUCCAACGGCGAGCGUCUCGUCGCCGGCGUCGUGCCCGUCUCGCCCGACAAGUCCAAGAUCCUGCUCAUCCAGUCCGCGCGCCCCGGCGCCUGGGUGCUGCCCAAGGGCGGCUGGGAGCUCGACGAGCCCUCCGCCCAGCAGGCCGCCUGCCGCGAGGCCUGGGAGGAGGCCGGCGUCGUCUGCACCGUGCUGCGCGACCUGGGCGCCAUCGCCGACAUGCGCACGCCCGCCCAGAUCACCGCGAAGGCGCCCCGCGUCGUCUACCAGUUCUUCGAGGUGCGCGUCGACCGCGAGGAGCCGCAGUGGCCCGAGAUGCACAAGCGCAAGCGCCAGUGGGUGUCCUACGCCCAGGCCGCCGCCGCCCUGACCGCCCGCCCCGAGCUGCUCGAGGCCCUCAACCGCAGCUCCGUCAAGCGGUAG